CUUUAAAAUGCUUGAACCCGUCUCACACAUCUCAGAGAAGCGGACGAGACGUCCACUGACCAUAAUAUAUCAGAAGUUUGAAUCCUUGGAGAUUGGAAGGAAAUGAUAAAGGAAUCUCAUCUGUGAAUCAUGGCUCUCACGGGACUGACGUUCUGCAAGUUAUGCAGCCAGCACUUUAGCACAGAGGAGGAGUUAAUGAACCACUGUUUUACUGUCGAGCACAGGAAACAGAUCUUUGAAGAUACAUCUUCUCAAUGGAAGCACCGCUGUCCAGCACAGUCAUAUAAAGACUUGAAACUGUGUGAUAGAUCCCAGACAUGCGAGUAUGGAGAUAACUGCUUGAAGGCUCACAGUAAAGAGGAACUAAAGGAAUGGAAAAAAAGAGUCAAGGCUGCUUGUAAAAGAGCUCAGGAUGCAGCCGAUCAGGGUCUGCUGUCCUAUCAAGACCGCCUUCUAGAGGAAUAUAGGCACAGCAAGGAUAAAGAGAGGAUUGUGAGUGACAUCAUUGACACACCUGACGUCAAAGUCACCUGUGACACAGAUUCAGACUGUGUUUUCGUAAGGCAAAUAGGGAUCUCAUGUACAUGGAAUUUUACUAUUACGUCUAAGGAACCUUUAGAAGUUGUUGCUUUACUCCGACAAGAUGCCGGAGCAACCUUCACCCUUAAUAAAGACCCCCGCACAAAACAGACGUAUUCCAUGGGUGACUGGUUUCUGACUAGAGUUCCAAAAGUAUAUGACAUCGCAGUAUCCUUCACAUCUGACCAGCCAGGUCUGUACGAGCAAUGGCUCAUAUUUGACUUUAAUAUGAGACCUGUACUACGGCAAAAACUCAGGGUCAAUGUUGGAAAGGACAUAAAAGUGGCACAUUGUUGUGAGGAAACAUCAGACUUGACUCCAGCACCUGAGGUUCUGCAAGAACCAAGUGAACCACCUACUGUUAGAAUUAUUGAGCCAUGGAAUGAGGAAAACGUGAAAAUUGUGCCUUUUUCUGAAAGAGCAGAGGCAGAGAGAGCGCUGCUAAAUAAAUACAAGCUUUUUGUGAAACCCCAGAUGAACCGAACAAUGACUCAUGAAAAUUAUAAAGAGAGCAUGCACAUGUUUUUAUACCAGGAGGAAAAGGAAGAAGGUCAACUACUUGCCAGGCUAAAUCAGCAAGGGUCUGUGCAGUUGACAGACAAUCUCUUUGAUCUCUGGUUUGGAUUGAAAUGUGCUCUUCCGGGUGAACUUUUUGCAGUUGUGCAUCUGUCUCACCCAUUCACCCCUGAUACUCCUCAAGGUUACAUCAUGAAAAGACAUAGCAUCAAAGCUCUUGUGCAAGUCGUGGACAGUGAUGCACCUAUUUAUGAGGUGGCGCUGCUAAAAGAUGCUGUCACUGAGACACAAGUACAUCUUCAGCUUUCCAAACAAUGCUGCACUGAUCUUGUUCUGCAGAAUAAGCAGAAAUGUGAGAUGGAGGUCCAAUUCCAACUAAGUCGUCUUUGGUUCUGUGAGAUGCACAAGGCUAUUGAUGAUCUCAGAGACCUGGACAAGGUUUUGCCUGAUCUGAAGAACCACACCAUUCAUAUUUCAAACCAGUCAGAUACAGGGGACUUAAAUGAGCAGCAAAAAGCUGCAAUGAACUUCAUCCUGAGUACAACAGACAACACGGACAGUGUGCCACCUUUGUUGAUUUAUGGACCUUUCGGAACAGGGAAAACUAUGACCCUCGCCAAUAUGGCCCGGACUCUUGUGCAGCAACCGCAAAACAAAAUCUUGAUUUGUACACACACAAACAGCUCAGCUGAUCUUUAUGUUGAAAAACAUUUCCACAAAUAUGUAACUGAUCAUCCUGAAGUCAGACCCCUGAGAAUAAAAGCAAUGGAAAAGAGCCAACAAUCCACUGAUCAUAUCACACGACAGUACUGUCAUUUAUCGAAGGAUGGCCAUUACUUUGAAUUUCCCGAUAAAGCUGUUCUGGAUUCUACACGCAUCAUAAUAACAACAACUUCAAUGGCUCGCUACUUCCUCGGCAUGAGGCUCCCUGAAAACUACUUCAGUCACAUUCUGAUCGAUGAAGCCUCUCAGAUGUUGGAGUGUGAAGCUCUUAUGGCACUGGGCCUGGCAGGUAAGACGACGCAUGUUGUUUUAGCAGGAGAUCACAUGCAAAUGGGACCCAAACUCUUUUCUGUGACACAAGAAAAAUGCUCAGACCACACGCUGCUCAAUCGCCUUUUCUAUCACUACCAAGCUGAAAACAGUACCGCAGCCAAACAAAGUCGAAUCAUUUUUAGUGAAAACUACCGCUCUACAAAGGACAUUGUGGACUUUUUAUCAGAACAUUUUUAUGAGAUGAGCAAUCAAAGAGAUGUGAGAGUGAUCAAGGCAAGAGGAAAUGUGCCCUCUCAUCCAGAGCAACAUGCCUUGCAGUUCCAUCAUGUAAGAGGGGAAUGUCAUUUAGACCCAACAAGCAUGUCCUGGUUCAAUGCAGAAGAAAUUCAAAGUGUUGUUGACAUUGUGCAAGAGAUAAUGAGAAACUGGCCUACUGAGUGGCAUGAUCAAGAUCCAGCAUCAAUCUGUGUUCUUUCACAAGGUCGACAGGUAAAUGAAAUAAGAAAAAGACUUAAAAGACGCAAUAUCACUGUGGAGAAUGCAGAAAAUGUGCAAGGAAAACAAUUCCGAGUAAUUGUGAUUUCCACUGUGCACACCAAGGACAGCCUGCUGGAGACCAACCUGUCCUGUCUCGAGUUUUUCAAUGACAGACGUGUACUGAACACUGUUAUGACAAGGGCUCAAUCUCAAAUAGUUGUAGUUGGAGAUGCAGCUGCACUCUCUCACUUUGGAACAUGCUGUAGACUUUGGAUGUCUUACGUAGAGCAUUGCAUUCACAAGGGAAGUGCCCAUCACCUUGUAGAGAAUUUCUGGAAACAGGAUCUCCUUGAGUUAUCAAAGCUCUCCAGAAGUGAAGAUGAAGAUAGCAGCGAUAGUGAAUCAACCACAUCUGAGAUUUCAAACAUAGAUGACCCCAUACUUAAAGAGCUUCUUGAUAAUGAAGACAUAAACAUCCCAUUGACAGAUGAAGGCUUGUUUCCUGUUUUACAAAAUGAACUUGUCAGAAAUUAUGUCGACCAAAUCCACGAAGGAGAUUCUAGCCUUCCACGGAACAACUCUUCUGUGCACAAAUGCGAAUUAGCCAUAGAAAGCUUUUGGAAAGGUUAUGCUAGAUCACUUGAUGACCCCACAGUUAGAAUUGCCAUCAAGGGCAGAAAAAAUAUGGGACAUUCAUUCCCUGGAGACAAGGUAGAAGUGGAAAUCACAAAUCAUAAAUCAAAUCCUCCAAUGGGAAAAGUAAUCCAGGUUCUUGAAAGUGCAGAUACCCUUAAAGAAUUUGUCUGCACCAUUGAAAAACAUGACAGGCAGGUGAUGACACCAAUUAACCCAUGUAUUUGCAAAAUCUUUACUCCUUUUUGGAAGGACAAACCAAAUCACAUUGCAGUACGAAAUCCACAGGACCACACAAUACAGAGGUUCAUAAAAAUAAAUGAAGAAACCCACAGAAAUUAUCUCUUUGUUGUUAGGGUCCUUAAGUGGAGAAAGGAUUGCGUGUUUCCCUUGGGAAUUGUUGUGGGACUGUUUCCAAAAAUAAAAUCUCUAGAAGAUGGUUUGAAGGUACUUGACAUAGAGUUCCAGUUGAGGAGGGCACUUCCUUCAGCUGUGGAAAGAGAGAUGCACGAUUUUCAAGGUCUCCAAGUGUUUGAAGAUGGACGAGAAGAUUUCAGAGGUCUCUCAGCAUUUACCAUAGAUUCAGACGUUUCAGAGGACCUUGAUGAUGCAAUCAGUGUGAGGGAUUUAGGAGAGUGCUAUGAAAUAGGAGUUCACAUUUCUGAUAUUGCAAGCUAUGUUAGCAAGGACAGUGAACUGGACAAAUAUGCAAGACAGCAGUGUACUACAUUCUAUUCCCCUGAGAGGGAGCCAACACAUAUGUUUCCUAAAGAGCUAAGUGUCAAGUUUUUCAGUUUAAUCCCUGACUGCGACAGACGGGCCAUCUCUUUGAUGUCAGAAGUUGACAAAAAUACAUACCGUAUAAAAAGGAGAUACUUUGUCAAGUCCGUAAUUCGCUCCAAAAGGAGGUUUUCUUAUGGUGAAGCUGAAGAUAUCCUUAAAAAGGUUCAGCAUUUUGACCCCCUUGAAGUCUGCCUUGUGAUAGCAUGCUACUUUGCAGAUGUACACAGGAAAUACAGGAAACAAGAAGACUGGUGCUACAAAGCUCCAGAUGAAGAUGUUCCCCUCGGAAGACGACGAUCCCACAGAAUUAUUGAGGAGCUGAUGAUCAUGUUUAACCACACGGUUGCUGAUCGGCUUCUGUUUGAUGCAACAACAAGGAGCCUGACUCCAGUCAGAUGCCAAGAAGUGCCAAAAUUCGCUGAAGUUGAAGACCUUUUGGACAAGAAUGCUUCUUUGGUUCCUCUUUCUGCUCACCUCUCAUGUCAAGCUGAUUCAUGUAAAACUAAUUCUCACACAAUGAGAGGCCAAAGGUUGGGUAGCGCUUACAGCAGCAUCCCAAACCUAGAGGUAGCUGUUUCUGAAACCUUUCCUAUAUUGGUAUCACUUUUGGAAUGUCUUAGGACAGCAGCACAGGACAGAGACAUCUACAGCAUUAUUGACUUUAUUACAACUGAUGACAUUCAUCCUCAGCUUCUUCCUAUUGCUAUUGCAUUUAGGAAACUCUUUCAGAGAGCGUAUUUUUUGCGCUCAAAUUCAACGCAUACCUCAAGAAUUGGGCACUGUGAUUUAGAUCUUGACAGCUAUACAUGGGCCUCAUCUCCAAUCCGAAGAUACAUAGAUGUCAUUGUGCAACGUCUUCUUCAUUCUGUGAUUGACAAGACAGAUGUCAGUUACACAUCAAAUGACAUUCAUCUUUCUUGUCUUGAAUUUUCAAGAAAAAAUGACAAUCAGUCAGCAUAUGACAAGAAAGUACAUGCCCUACAUUUUGCAUCAAAACUGUCGAUUCGAAAUGAGAGGAAAGUGGCAUACAUUGUUGAACUCACUCCUUCAGGGAAUAACUUUAGAGUGUCUUUUCCACUUAACAGAGACUCUAUGCCAACCAAGACAGAAAUUAUGUAUAGGGACCUUCAGCUGGCAGAUCAACCACAGGUUGAUGACACAAACAGCAGCAUGAUCUUGAAAUGGGUGCGUAGGAUAUAUUCAUUCUCCAAUCCUGACAUACACGCUGAAGUCAAACAACAAAAUCCAAACACAGUCAUGGCGUAUGUCUCCACAGAGGCGUGGAAAUGCCUAGUAGCUGCUCUCAGAGAUGAAAAUUGGGAAUUGAUGUUUUCCUUGAUUGAUAAGCUUGCCUCAACAACUUCCGUACGACUAUCCAAGAAAAGACUGACACAAGGCCAACAUUUAGGAGCAGACAAAUUUGAUCCCAUACAAGACCAUUAUGUUGAGCUGUCACUGAGAUUAAAGCAAGGUGAUGCGGUCGAGGUGCAGCUAGGCACAUCUACAAUUCGAGGAUUACUGACACCAGCAGUUCAGCUGUUUGCUGUGCAUCCAAAAUUUGAGAUCUGUUUGGAGCAUGUGAAAGAUCCAAUCAAGUGUUUUUCAAAAUAUGCAUCCCACUCAUCAAGGAAUUCAUACAACACAUAUAUGGAUUACCAGGCAACAUGGGCACCUAUUUGUGAAAUGGAGUCAGUAACCAGCGCUGUGGCUGAAAAUGAGAGCAUUGUUUUAGAAGAUGUACCAUUGAAAUGGGAAACAUCUCAGCCAGAAAAGCUUCAGGGUUUUUUUCUACUUCCACUGAAUAAAAAAGCUCAGUGGUCUAUUGAAUCUGACCUCAAGAAGUGUUACCUUUGUAUUAGAUCUAGGAUUCACAAAAAUCAAGGGCGUCCAUAUUUGGAGAACUCUCAGUGUGCUGAUCUAAUGAAUAUCCAAACGAUCAUCUGGGUAGCACAUGGUGUAAUCACUGAAGAAAAGAAAUCAACUACUGAAGAAAAGAGAUCCAAACUAUCUGAAAAUUUACAGAUUAAUUUUCGGAUUAACCAUAUGCCAAUGACAAAAAUUCCAGAUGUGAUCUUCUGCGAGAGUACACGAUUCACAGUGGAGCUAGUUCCAAAGCUUCUGCCAGAUGUACGCAAAGAGAAUGCACUUGCCAGUCUGACCAAAGCUAACCAACUUGUGAAAAAUAUUGCCAUUGGCAGGAGAAUCAGCUCUGAAAGCGGAUGUACAUUCUCGCAGGGGAUAAGAACAAGAUUUGAAAUCAACAAUUAUCUGCCUUCGGGAUUUCAUCUUAACGAAAGUCAAUGUACAGCAAUAAGAAAAGCGCUGGUCAACCCGUUUACUCUUAUCCAAGGACCACCGGGGACUGGAAAAACAGUUGUUGGUGUCCAUAUUGUGUACUGGUUACUUGAGAAAAUCCAAAAACUCCCUACUGCUCAAAAGAAAAGAGCCAUUCUGUACUGUGGACCUUCAAAUAAAUCUGUUGAUGUCGUAGCAGGUCAUCUCCUAAAACUUCAAAAAGAACUUCGACCUCUGAGAGUCUACAGUGAUCAGGUGGAGAUGUUGGAAUUUCCUUACCCAGGCUGUAAUCUAAAACUGUCACGGCAUUCCAAAAGAGUGGAAAAACCCAAUACAGAUCUCAGUUCCAUUGCACUCCACCAUCUGAUUCGAAAGCAUACCAACCCAUCCUCUGCACAAAUACAGGCUUUUGAUAUGAAAAUUCAAAGAGGAGAUCAACUCACUAAAGAAGAAAUGAAAUGCUACAAAGACGUCCUCCAAAAGGCUCGGAAACAUGAAUUAUUACGGCACGAUGUCAUCUUGUGCACCUGCACUGCUGCCUCACAACCUGCAUUAGCUGAUGCCCUUGACUUAAAACAGAUCAUCAUUGAUGAAUGUGCCAUGGCAACAGAACCGGAAGCCUCUAUUCCUCUAGUGGCCCAUAAACCUGAGCAGAUUGUUCUUCUCGGCGACCAUAUGCAGCUACAACCUGUUGUCCAUUGUGACGUUGCGGCGAGGUUGGGCAUGAAUACAUCUCUUUUUGAACGUUACAUGGAGAACGCAUUGAUGCUUGAUGUUCAAUACAGAAUGCAAAAAGACAUUUGUGCAUUUCCAUCCAAGCAGUUCUACGAUGAUAUGUUAAAUACUUACAAACCACACAAACCGGGUCUUUUCCUAAAUGAAUUUCAAGGCCAAACGUCUAUCAUCUUCGGUCAUGUCGAAGGGAAAGAGAGAAGUCUGGUGGUCUCAACCGAACACGGGAAUGAAAAUUCAAAGGCAAAUGAAGAAGAGGCUAAAGAAACGGUGCGGAUCGCCAGACUUUUGAUUCGGACUGGAGUACAACGGAACGACAUCGCUGUUUUGACGCCGUAUAACGCGCAAGUGGUAAAUAUCAGCGAGACGCUGCGGCGCGAGGGCGUGGGUGACGUCAUAGUCAACACCAUCAUGAAGAGCCAAGGGAGUGAAUGGAAAUAUGUCAUCUUGUCUACUGUGCGCUCUUGUCCCGAGUCAGAUAUAGAGCCACAGCCAACCAAAUCCUGGAUUACAAACCGUCUUGGAUUCAUCAUGGACCCUCACCAACUCAAUGUGGCCAUCACUAGAGCACAAGAAGGGCUGUGCAUCAUCGGUAAUGAGAACUUGUUAAGGUGUAGCACCUUAUGGAGAAACCUUCUGGAUCACUAUCAGACGAAAAGAUGUGUGGUGAAUCCUGCAAGCAAAAUCCAGGUUCGAAAACCUAUGUGACCUCAGGCCCUGGGUGAAAUUACAGACGAUGACUCGCUUUUUCUCCUAUCCAAUCAUUUUUCUUAUCUUUUAAUAUUAGUUAUGAACUAUACAUAUCUCUACCUUUACCAAUUUGUACUGUAAAAUUUGAUAAGAUCUUGUAAAUUAAGAGUUUGAGAAUACUGUAUAGCAGACAUUUAGUGGGUUUCGUGCACCCACGGAUUUUAAAUAUACUAUUAUAAUUUAAUGAUUUGCUUAUAUUUAUUUAGCUUUAGCUAACAUUAUCUAGUUUUGUGUUUUAUAAGCAUAAGCAACUAUUAUGUGUAACCCAUGGACACCAGAAGGACAUUUAUCUAUUUAUUUAAUACAAUAUUAAUACUUAAUUUGCUUUGAUGAUAAGAGGACCAUAAAGUUAACAGAUGUAAACAUACAAGUAAUAUUUUAACUGUACAGAAAUGCUGUGUAGACAAUAAAGUAAAAUAUUCAGUGAAUAUGCUUGCAAUGUUAAUAUUUGACCACCUGAUGGCAGCAUACUAUGUGAAUGAAGUGACUACAUAAUGACGUGUGUGUGCUUGCGUGUUUGUCAAUUUGCAUAAGUGAUUGGAUUAUAUAGCAUAUAUAUUUAAAUUGAUUUGUGUUAUGUAUUUACAUUUAUUCAUUUGGCAGACGCUUUUAUCCAAAGCGACUUACAAGUAAGAGAGCAUAUAAACAUUUUGUCAACAUAUUUGUUGAAUAUGUACCUGAACAAGUUGCUUCACAUGUUCUCUCCUGUACUACUACUUACGUUUAUGGGGGGUUCUGCAACGACGGGCACUUUUGACUGUCCAAAAUAAAAAAUCAACCCCGCCUGUGAAUUUUAAUUU